AUGUGCUUUGUGGUGGGUGUGCAAAAGAAGCUCCGGGAGAUUGUUGGCUUCCUAGAGCAGCAUCAGGGCAUCAUUGACUGCCACAUGGUGGAUUUUCUGUGGGCGAAACAUUGGGAUAACCUCAUUCCGGAUGCUUUGCGGAAAGAACUUGAAGUAAAUGCCAAAGUAAUUAAGGAAAAUAUUCAUGAAAUUCUCUCCGGAAGUUUAAAGUGUGAUUACAAACAUCUCCGGGAGUUCCUAAAUGAUGCCCGGAAGCAUAGUUUGGAGGAAUUUUCCGAGUGUAAGACUAUAAAAAAUUUUCUGCAAGAUAAGGAGACGCCAUCCCUUAGAGUUGUGGACUUUAUGACGCCAAAGAAGCAACACGAGGUAAAACUGGCCAGUAGCUUAAUCUCAUGGCUCUGUAGAGAUUCCAAAGCAUCAGUAGUUAUUGAUGCUGGCGAUGGGAAAGGUUACCUCUCAUCUUGUUUGGCAUUUGAACAUAAUCUCCAUGUGAUUGGAUUGGAAGCUAAUGCAGCGUACCAGGAGAGUGCUCAAAAACGCAUUUCCAAGCUAAAAAAGAAAUGGAAGAAGACGGAGGAUGGCGGGAACUACAAAUCAUUGGCUGUGAGAGUUACACCGAAUCUGCGCAUUGGAACAAUCUGCAAGGAUGUUUUCCCGGAAAUUGAGCAACCUGAUUGCUGCUUGAGCGGUUUGCACACCUGUGGUGAUUUAGCAGUGAGCUGCUUGGAGAUUUUCACUCAAGAUCCCAGCGUUAGGUAUUUAUGCAACAUCGGAUGUUGCUACAAUCUCCUGACAAGAUUCCCCGUUACUCCAUCGAUAAAGACGAAGACAUGCUACUUUAUACGCAAAACCCUCCCGACACACCUAACAAAUACCAACUAUCGUGAUAACAUAAUUUUCGGCGACACCUCAACUCGUUCCAUUGAGGAUUUGGCGGUGCUUGUUGAGGAGAUUUUUUUCCCUUUGCUCAGCAAUCAAUUGAAUCGAAUCGAUUGGCCGGAACCAAUUGCGAAGGAUGUGGAGAGUCACAUGCAGGAGUUGCGUGAUGUUGUGGCGGAGGUACGUGGUAAUAUCGUCAACAAAACCAUCCUCCCCAUGCCAAUCACCGUAGCUCGCGUGAUGGAGACAUGCGGUGCCAUUGUGGCAGGUAACACGGACUUGUGUGAUGUUAAAAUGAAGAAUUCCCUCGAGUGCACCAUCAUCAAAUGGGCAUCGCAAAUUAAUGAUGUCCUCCAGCAGAAUUCUGAUGCAUUCUUCGACACAUUGAAUGCCCAUCAUCCCACGCCGAUGAUGGAGAUCAAUUUCUGGCUGGCACGUCAGGAUAAUCUCGAGAAUAUCUAUGAGCAACUACAGAAUGAACGUUGCAAGGCAAUUGGGAAUGUGCUGGAAGCCAUUGAUUCUGUCUACUAUUCCUCCUUUAAGAUGCUCUUCAAGAAUGUUGUGGCUGCUCUGUAUGAAGCCAGGGAUAUUACACUCUACACGGGACCUUUGAUUCCCCAUAUGGAGGAAUUUGAAGGUAUGGAUUUUGCCAAUUGCAAGCCCCUAAUUGGACCAAUGCUCCACUGUGUCUGCCUCUCACUUGCCCAUUCAAAGUACUACAACAAAACCCCAAGGAUUUGCUCCUUAUUCCGGAUGAUUGUGAAUUUGGUGAUUGAGAAGGCACUCAAAUCUCUCGAUCCCGAUGCAAUCUUCCGCCGUGAUGUGGAUGAGAGUUUGGUGCUCCUCAAUACAGCUUUGGGGGUGAUUGAUCACUUCCAGGAGAUGUUUCUCCUUUUCCGUGAUCGUCUACCCGGGUACACGAAAUACGGGAAUACGGUGAUUUGGUCAUUUCGCAUUGAGACAGUCUUUGAGCGUCUCCUGGCCUUCCGGAAGCGCUUGGUGCUCGUGAAGAAUAUCUUCGAAACAACCAAUGACUACGCUAAAUUGGAGAAGGUUGAAAUUGCCGGGCUCAAAGGGAGGAGCAUUGGGAAGAAGAUUUCGAAGGUGUCGCAGGAAUUUCAGGCUGCCUUUGAAAUGUGGUCAAAUAUUAGCUUCAAUGCCCUUGAUCCGGAUCCAUUGAAGAAUGAUUUCGCGCAGCAUUGGGAGAAUUUCACAAAGGAGUGCCAAACACUCGAGAGGAAGCUCUCAUACCUCUUCAUACAGGCGUUCGAUGAAUGCCAGAAUUUUGAUCAGGCAUGGAAACUCAUUCAGAUGGUUUGGUGUAUCCUGAGGAGACCAUUUAUCUACGUUGAGGUUGAGCAUAAAUUCUAUUCUGUGAUGAAAUUGUAUGAGAAUCUCCUGAAUCUCAUUGAGUAUCAAUUUGAACGGGGUGUUGUGGGGUACAAGCACCAAGGUCUUGCUGGAAUUCAGUACGAUAGAUUCUUCCCGCCAGUCUCAGGGGCACUCCAGUGGAUUUAUGAGCUGAAACAGCAUAUUUCAUCACCAAUUAAGGAUAUUUCCAUCAUAGAUAUUCCAUUAUUUGCUUCGGAAGAAGGGGAAAAUAUUCUAAGUCGAUCGAGGAAACUCCUGAAAGACAUGACGGGUCUUGGGGAAUGUAUUUUUGCCGAAUGGACAGCCAAUGUGGCCAGUAUUAUUGGGAGAGGAGUUCAAAAGCAUCUCCUUGAGAGGGAGGAUGAUCUACUGAAGGUUAAUUUCGAUGAAGAUCUCGAUGUUGUGCUCAGAGAAGUGAAGCACCUCAAGCAAAUUGGUGUAACGGGCAUUCCAGAGGAUGCUGAAGAAAUAUACAGAAAGCAGGAUAUUUUCUGGAAAGGAAAAGUGAAGCUAUCGCUGAUUGUUGAGAACUACAAUGCAAUCCAGCAGGAUACUGAGCCAUGUGAGUACAAACUAUUCCAACCAAAUGUCGAAGAGAUCGAUGAGACACUGAAGAAGGCCAUUGGAACGAUGGUGUGGCAAACAGUUGAUCUGGAGUACAUUGAAAUGGUGCACAAGAAAACGGAAGAGCUCAAUGAGAAGAUUCGCAAAAUUCAUGAUAAUGUCAACGGGGCUAUUGCCAGCAUUAGAACGUGGGGAUGUAAACCAUUCUACGAGAGAAAGGACAGGAAUCCCAAAUCCCUGCUGAAUAUUGAAGAGAAAUCCGAUGUGAUGAAGAAGCGAACAGUUGAGUGCAUGAAAUCCACGGAAAUUAUCCAGAAAGCCAUUGAAUGCAAUUUAAGGCUCUUUCGGGAGAAUUUGCAGGAGAAGAAAUUCACAGAAAAAGGAUUUCAGGUCUCACUAUCGGACACUGAAGAUCCUCCCGAGGAUACGAAUGAUCUCAGUCAGAUAAACUUGUUCAGUGAAUACCGUAAUUACCUCGAUGAAUUGGUCCUCUUGGAAAUUAAGAAAGCAAUCCUCAAAAGUCUCGAAUUUAUUAAGAUUGAAAUGGAGAAGAGAGGGACAUCCCAUUCAAUUUUGGAAGUUCACCUAGAACUGCAAGAUCAAGAAAUGAUCUUUACGCCUGAUCUCGAUGAGAAUUCCGUGUGUGGAUUUAUAAGUCGCAUUGAGGAAAUGAUGGAUUCGAUCAUUUCAAUGGCAAAUUUCGUUCCACGCGUCAAUAAUGCAAAAGAAACCUACAAAGCUAUCGUUAAUGAGGAUGAGGAGAUCAUUACGAUUAAGCAUGCUAUACGAACUAAUGUCCUCAAGACGAUUAAGCAGGCAAAGCAGGAGAUUAAAAUAUAUGAGAAGUAUCGUUUUCUGUGGGUGGAUGAUAAAACGAAAUUCUUGGAUAAGAUUCAGGUGAAGACGUGUGAGAAGAAGGAAACGGUCAAGACUGUGAGUUUUGCACGAGAAGAGGAGGGGGGUAAUGUGACGACCGAAGGGGUGGUUGAAGAGAAGAAAGAUGAUCAAACUCUUGAGAAAUUCCGUGAAAAUAUUGAUUCCUACUACAAGUUGUACGAUGAGAUUGAUAAGACGAAUGAGAAGAUUAUUGUUAAUGGAUGGUUCAGUGUGGAUGUGGCUGCUUUCAAGCAGAGCCUCCUCAAUGAGAUCGCCAAAUGGAUUGAUGUGCACAAGCAAUAUCUCACGAGUGAGGUUGAACGGCAGCUCAAUGAGCUGGCGGAAUUUGUCAAGAGUGGCAUUGCAACGCUAAACUUGGAAAUCGACAGAGAUGACUACGAAACAUUGCUGAAGGUAAUGGAUGUCCUGCAGCAAGUUAAGGAUCGUCGGAGUGACAUUAACAAUCUCUUUGGCCCCAUUGCGAACACCAUUGAAAUGCUACGACUCUACGGUGAUGACUUCAAUGAAGAUAUUCACACAAAGCUAACGGAUUUACCAGAAGAAUGGAAUCGAAUGCGAAAGCUCUCGGUACAAGUUAAGCAAUCAAUUGCCCCAAUAAAAUCCUACCAAAUGGAACAGAUAUGUCGGAGGAUUUUGCAAUUUGAUACCUGCCUCCAAGUCUAUCGGGAUUACUUUAGGGAAUUUCCGAACUAUGUGCAGGCAUUCAAGGAGCCCUAUUAUGGGGUUUAUGAGUGCUGUGAUAAGAAGAACAUCGAAAUAGGACGCUUGGAGGAUCAGCUGAGCUUCCUUAUGGAUUCAGCGAGGUUGUUUGAGCUGCAUUCUCCGGAGAAUGCAAAGGUGGUCAUGUGUAGGCGUGAGAUAAGGCUCGUUAAGCAGCUGUGGGAUUUUGUAUUUUGCGUUGAAUCGUGCAUUGAGAACUGGAAGAUGACGCCGUGGAAGAAGAUUGAUGUGGAAGAGAUGGAGCAGGAGUGUAAGAAGUUCACAAAGGAAAUUCGGGCAUUGGAUAAGGAUGUACGUGAUUGGGAGCCGUAUGUUUACGUUGAGAUGAUCCUGAAGAAUCUCGUCACGUCUAUGAGGGCAAUUACAGAGCUGCAGAAUCCAGCGAUAAGGGAGAGGCACUGGAUUGAGCUGAUGAAGGCCACGAAAUUGCUGGAGAUCUACAAGCUGGAGGAUCUCAUUGCAUUCCGCACGAAUGAGGCGACAACCCUCGAGGGAUUGCUGGAUCUGAAUCUCCACAGCCAUGAGGAUGAGGUGAAGAAUAUUGUGGAUAAGAGUGUGAAGGAGAUGCAAAUGGAGAAGACUCUGUGCGAUUUGGAUGCAACAUGGCGGGAAAUGUCGUUUGAAUUUGAACAUCAUGAACGCACGGAUUUGCAUCUUUUGCGUGCCUCUGAGGGUCUCGUGGAGACUCUCGAGGACAAUCAGGUGCAACUGCAGAAUUUAAUUGCCUCCAAGCAUGUGCAGUUCUUCUUCAGGGAAAUCCAUGAAUGGCAGACGCGCCUGUCGAAUGUUGAUCUGGCCACAACGACGUACUUUGAAGUUCAGCGGAAGUGGAUGUAUUUGGAGAAUAUUUUCAUUGGAUCCGAAGACAUUCGGAAUCAAUUGCCAACGGAUACGGAGAGAUUUGAUGAGAUUGAUGUGAAAUUCCGGGAGAUUCUGCAAGAGAUGACGACGGCGGCGACGGUAAUUGAGAUAAUUGAGCUGGAGAAUUUGCAGGAGAGACUCGAAGAUGUGCUCAAGUUGCUAAUUCUCUGCGAGAAAGCCCUCAAUGAUUACUUGGAGACAAAGAGAUUGGCUUUCCCGCGUUUUUACUUUGUCUCCUCGGCUGAUCUGCUGAAUAUCCUGUCGAAUGGGAAUCGCCCUGAGAUGGUUGGACGACACCUGACAAAACUCUUUGAUUCCAUUGCAAAGCUAAAGUACUUGGGGGACGCGAAAACAGCCAUUGGGAUGCAUUCAAAGGAGAAUGAUGAGUUCGUGGAAUUUUGCCGAAAGUGUGAUUGUUCGGGGAAAGUGGAGGAGUGGUUGGCAAAGGUUACAGCAAUAAUGCGUGAGACACUUCAUGGGCUGUUUAAGGGAGCCAUUGGGGCGUAUCAGGGAGUGCCACGGCACAGGUGGAUCUUCAAUUGGCCAGCACAGACGGCGCUGUGUGGGACACAAAUCUGGUGGACAACAGACGUCAAUGUGGCCUUUGAAAUGAUGGAGGAGGGCUAUGAGACAUCCCUCCGGGAGUAUCAGAAAAAGCAAAUUGCCCAGCUGAAUGCUCUCAUUAAUCUCCUCCUUGGGGACUUGUCCACAGGCGAUAGGCAGAAAAUCAUGACUGUGUGCACAAUUGAUGUCCAUUCGAGGGAUGUUGUGGCAAAAAUGGUUGCACAGAAGGUGGAGCAAGCGACGGCUUUUCAGUGGCAGAGCCAGUUGCGUCAUCGUUGGGACACCACGGAGGAUGAUUGCUUUGCCAACAUUUGUGAUGCUCAAUUUCGCUAUGACUACGAAUACUUGGGCAAUACGCCGAGGCUCGUGAUUACCCCCCUAACGGAUAGAUGCUACAUCACCCUCACGCAGAGUUUGCACCUUGUUAUGGGAGGUGCUCCAGCGGGGCCAGCAGGAACGGGGAAGACGGAAACAACAAAGGAUCUGGGGAGAGCCCUCGGGAUCAUGGUGUACGUGUUCAAUUGCUCCGAACAGAUGGACUACAAAUCCUGCGGAAAUAUCUACAAAGGCCUAGCUCAAACAGGAGCCUGGGGGUGCUUUGAUGAAUUCAACAGGAUCAGCGCUGAGGUCCUGUCAGUUGUUGCAGUGCAAGUAAAAUCCAUUCAGGAUGCAAUAAAAUUGAAGAAAAUCACCUUUGAUUUCAUGGGGGAGACAAUUAAGCUAAUCCCAACUGUAGGGCUAUUCAUAACAAUGAAUCCCGGCUAUGCUGGACGUACGGAGUUGCCGGAAAAUUUGAAAGCUCUCUUUCGUCCUUGUUCAAUGAUUGUCCCAGAUUUUGCACUGAUUUGCGAAAUUAUGCUCGUUGCUGAGGGUUUUCAGGAAGCCAGGAUACUCGCACGGAAGUUCAUCACGCUGUACACCCUCUGUCGGGAAUUGCUGUCGAAGCAGGAUCACUACGACUGGGGAUUGAGGGCAAUUAAAUCCGUUCUCGUUGUUGCUGGUAGCUUAAAGCGUGGCGAUCGGCAAAGGCCUGAAGAUCAGGUACUCAUGAGAGCCUUAAGGGAUUUCAAUAUUCCCAAAAUUGUAACGGACGACGUGCCCGUAUUCAUGGGCUUGAUUGGGGAUCUCUUUCCGGCUCUCGAUGUUCCCCGGAAGAGAUCUCCGGAAUUUGAGAAGCUCAUCAAGAAAGCAGCCACUGAGCUCAAGCUCCAGGCUGAUAAUAAUUUUGUCCUGAAGGUGGUACAGCUUGAGGAACUCUUCGCCGUGAGGCAUUCAGUCUUCAUCGUUGGCAGCGCAGGAACGGGAAAGACGCAAGUAUGGAAGACACUGUUCCGGACGUACCAGCUGGAGAAUAAGAAGCCCCACUACAAUGAUCUCAAUCCCAAAGCCGUGAGCAAUGAUGAUUUGUUUGGGAUUAUCAAUCCAACAACGAGGGAAUGGAAGGAUGGGCUGUUCUCGUACAUUAUGCGCGAUCAAGCUAAUAUGGUGGGUGGUGGACCAAAGUGGAUUGUACUCGAUGGGGAUAUUGAUCCAAUGUGGAUUGAGAGCUUGAACACAGUGAUGGAUGACAAUAAGAUCCUCACACUUGCAAGCAAUGAGAGGAUUGCCCUGACAAAGGAUAUGCGGCUACUCUUUGAGAUUGGACACUUGAAGUACGCCACACCUGCUACGGUAUCACGGGCUGGGAUCCUCUAUAUUAACCCUCAGGAUCUAGGAUGGUACCCGUACGUUGCUUCGUGGAUGGAUACACGGGAUGAUCGUGAAAAGAUGCACCUGAUCCUGCUUUUUGAGAAGUACAUUCCGCAUUUGGUGACAUCAGCGAGUAAAUUCCGCAAAAUCACCCCUAUUUCGGACAUUGCAAUGGUCCAAAUGGUUUGUCAUCUACUCGAUUGUCUCCUUGUACCCACCAAUGUUCCCCUUGGCAGCCCCAAAGACGUCUACGAGCUGUAUUUUGUCUUUGCUGCCAUUUGGGGCUUUGGAUCGGCCCUGUAUCAAGAUCAGAUGUUCGAUUGGAGGCUUGAAUUUACAAAAUGGUGGCUCAGUGAAUUCCGGGAUGUUUCCUUUCCGGAUGAACUGUCCAUCUUCAACUGCUACAUUGACAUGCAAACGCAAAAGUUCGCCAAAUGGAAGGCAAUGAUCCCACAAUGUGAGCUGGAUUUGGACAUUCCCCUUCAGUCAAUUCUCGUUCCAACCGUUGAGACAACGAGACUCCGGUACUUUAUGGACAUUCUUAUGGAGCACAGGCAUCCAGUUAUGCUUGUCGGAGGAGCAGGUUCGGGGAAAAGUGUCAUUGUGUCGGAUAAGCUGAAUAAUCUCCCAGAUUCCUACUUGGUUACAAAUGCCCCAUUUAACUUCUACACCACGUCGCAUAUGUUGCAGAAUGUCCUGGAGAUGCCGCUUGAGAAGAAGGCAGGAAGGAAUUUCGGUCCUCCUGGUAGUAAGCAGAUGAUAUACUUUAUUGAUGACAUUAAUAUGCCGGAAGUUGAUCAAUUUGGUACAGUUCAACCACAUACGAUCAUUAGGCAAUUUAUGGAUUAUCAGCAUUGGUACGAUCGCUCCAAGCUCACGCUAAAGGAGAUUCAUAACUGCCAAUUUGCAGCCUGUAUGAACCCAACAUCGGGCUCCUUCACCAUCGAUCCACGUCUUCAGAGGCAUUUUAGUGUUUUUGCCGUGAAUUUCCCCUCAAAUGAAUCCCUCUUGCACAUCUACAGCACAAUCCUCACGCAACAUCUCGAAGAUGCGGGAAAUAAGUUUGCACCGUCAGUACAGAAGCUCUGUACCCAGAUAACUGAUGCAGCUCUAACCCUACAUACACGUAUGAGUCAAAUGUUCCUUCCGAAUGCAAUUAAAUUUCACUACGUCUUCAAUAUGCGUGAUCUGGCCAACAUCUUCACGGGAAUCCUGUAUGCAACGCACGAAACAUGCCACGAUGAUACGUCCAUAGCACGGCUGUAUAUUCACGAGGCAACACGCGUGUACAGCGACAAACUGAUCAACAUGAAGGACAUCAACAGCUUCAAGAAGCUCGCAAGGGAGGUAGCCAGGAAGUCCUUUGAAGAUUGCGAUGAGCAUAAAAUGUUCGAAGAGCCCCUCAUCUAUUGUCACUUCAGCGAAAGCCUGAGUGACCCGAAGUACAUGCCUGUUAAGUCCUGGGAAUCCCUAUCGAAGCUCCUUGAUCAGGCACAGCUGAACUACAAUGAACUUGUUGGGCAUUUGGAUUUGGUUCUCUUUGAGGAUGCAAUGGCACACGUAUGCAGGAUUAGUAGGAUCCUCGAAGCCCCCCGGGGGAAUGCUCUGCUGAUUGGAGUCGGUGGAUCGGGAAAACAAUCCCUAGCACGCCUAGCUGCUUUCAUCUCCACGCUAUCUGUCUUCCAAAUUCAACUACGCAAGGACUACGGCAUGCAGGAUCUUCGAACGGAUAUUGCAGCGCUGUACCUAAAAGUCGGCGUCAAGAAUGUCCCAUCAGUCUUCCUCAUAUCAGACGCCCAAGUACCCGAGGAAGACUUCCUAGUCCUCAUUAAUGACAUGCUAGCAUCGGGCGAAGUCCCCGAUCUCUUUCCCGAAGAUGAAGUUGAGAGUAUUGUAGCAGCCGUAAAGAACGAAGUGAAACAGAGCGGAAUGUUGGAUACAAAGCAAAAUUGCUGGAAGUUCUUCAUUGAUAAAGUUCGGCAGCAUCUGAAAAUUGUUCUUUGCUUCUCACCCGUUGGCUCGACACUCCGCAUAAGGGCACGGAAGUUCCCGGCUAUUGUUAACUGCACGGCUAUCGAUUGGUUUCAUGAGUGGCCACAGAGUGCCCUUGAAUCCGUUUCAUUUAAAUUCCUCUCAAAGCUGAGUUGCCUCUCGCCAGAACUUCGGACGUCUGUCUCGGAGUUCAUGGCCUACGUUCAUGGAACGGUGAAUGAAAUGUCCGAGAUUUACCUGCUCAAUGAGAAGCGCUACAACUACACAACGCCAAAGUCCUUCCUUGAACUCAUAUCACUCUACGCAAAACUCCUAACGGCAAAGAAUGAGGAGGCUCAAGAGAGGAUCUUUCGCCUUGAGAACGGACUGACGAAGCUGUCAGAAUGUGCGAGACAGGUGGACUUUCUUCAAGCUCAACUAGCUGAGCAGGAGAUUAAUUUGAAAAUUAAGAAUGAAGCUGCCGACAAGUUGAUUGUUGUUGUGAGUGCGGAGAACAUGAUGGUGCAGAAGGAGAAGAAUAUUUCAGCAUUGGAAGAGCAGAAAGUCCGGAGGAUUGAAGAAGAUGUCUCAAUAAAGGCAAAACUCUGUGAAGAGGAUUUGCGUAAAGCCGAACCAGCCCUCGUUGCAGCCCAGGAGGCUCUCAAUACGCUCAAUAAGAACAAUUUGACAGAGCUGCGUUCCUUCGGUGCUCCACCGGAGGCUGUGGUGAAUGUCUGUGCAGCCGUAAUGGUGCUCUUUGCGCCAAAGGGGAAAAUUCCCAAAGAUCGCAGCUGGAGAGCGGCAAAAGUCAUGAUGGGGAAGGUUGAUACGUUUCUCAAUGAUCUCAUAACCUAUGACAAGGAGCACAUUCACCCCAAAGUCAUUGAAGCCCUCCAACCCUACUUAGAGGAUCCAGAAUUUGAUCCUGAAGCAAUAAUGGGAAAGUCAGCUGCUGCUGCUGGUCUCUGCGCGUGGGUGAUCAACAUUCACAAAUUCUACGAAGUCUACCAAAUUGUUGAGCCAAAACAGAAAGCCCUGCAGGCGGCACAGGAUGAAUUGCACGAGGCCCAGGAGAAGCUGCAAUUUCUCAAUAAUAAAAUUCACGAACUCGAAGAGAAGCUAAAUGUGAUCAAGAGUGAAUUUGAUGCAGCUGUUGCGGAGAAGCAGCGCUACCAACAGGAAGCAGACAAGACAGCCUUCACCAUUGAUCUAGCCAAUAGACUCGUGGGUGGGCUUGCGUCGGAAAAUGUUCGUUGGCGUGAAAGUGUCCUGCAGUCGAAGGUGAAGAUUGGAAAUUUAUCCGGGGAUGCUCUACUUGUUGCUUGCUUCAUUUCCUACGUGGGAUCUUUUACAAGACGCUUCCGGGUUGAUUUGCUGGAGAAGAUGUGGAUCCCAACUUUUAACAGCAUUACGCCAUUGAUUCCUCAUAGUUCCGGGAAUGAUCCUCUCAGUUUGAUUUGCGAUGAUGCCUUAACAGCCUCGUGGAACAAUGAAGGACUCCCAAAUGAUAGGAUGUCAACGGAAAAUGCCGCCAUUUUGACAAAUUCAACAAGAUGGCCCCUCAUGAUUGAUCCACAAUUACAAGGAAUAAAAUGGAUAAAGCAGAAAUAUGCAAAGAAUUUAAUUGUGCUGCGAUUGACGCAGAAAGGGUAUUUGGAUGUAAUUGAGAAGGCUCUAACCACCGGAAGUGUCCUUCUCAUUGAGAAUAUUGAGGAAUCAAUUGACGCGGUGCUGGAUCCACUAAUUGGUCGUGCUCUCAUACGGAAGGGGAAAUUCAUAAAGAUUGGGGACAAGGAGAUUGACUACCAUCCGGACUUCCGGUUGAUUUUGCAGACAAAACUCGCAAAUCCGCACUAUAAGCCCGAGAUGCAGGCACAAACGACUCUUAUUAAUUUUACCGUGACGCGUGAUGGGUUGGAGGAGCAACUCCUUGCGGGUGUGGUGAAGAUUGAACGUCCGGAUUUGGAGAAGCAAAAGGCGGAUUUGACGAUGCAGCAGAAUUCCUUUAAGAUUUCCCUGAAGCACCUGGAGGAUGAUCUACUGAGGAGGCUGGCUAAUGCUGGGGAUAAUGUGCUGGAGGAUCCAACGCUUGUCUUCAAUUUGGAGAAGACAAAGAAGACUGCUGCUGAUAUUGAGUGCAAGGUCAUUGAGGCAAGGAUAACGUCUUCGCAGAUUGAUGUAGCACGUGAGAAUUAUCGUUCUGUGGCUGAGAGAGCUUCCAUUCUCUACUUCAUCCUCAAUGACCUGUUCAAGAUUAAUCCAAUUUAUCAAUUUAGCUUGAAAGCCUUUGUUGUUGUCUUCCACAAGGCCAUCGUCAAUGCUCCGCGUACGGAGAAGAUUACGCAGAGAGUGGCAAAUCUCAUUGACUCAAUUACAUUUGCGGUGUUUCAGUACACCUGUCGUGGGCUGUUUGAGCGCGAUAAACUCAUCUUUAUGGCACAAAUGGUCAUUCAGAUUCUUCUUUAUGCGAAUGAAAUUAAGUCCAUUCAGUUGGAUUUUCUCCUGCGCUAUCCCUACAUCCCCAAUACAAUUUCCCCAUUUGAUUUUCUCUCCAAUACUUCGUGGGGUGGGAUCAAGGCUCUGUCGCUGCUGGAGGAUUUUCAUGGGCUUGACAAGGAUAUUGAGAGUUCAGCAAAGCGCUGGAGGAAGUUUAUUGAGGCGGAAACGCCCGAAAGGGAAAAAUUGCCAGGAGAGUGGAAGGUGAGGCGAUCCAUUCAGAGACUCUGUAUUAUGAGAGCCCUCCGUCCGGAUAGGAUGACGUAUGCUGUGAAGGUUUUCAUUGAGGAGAAACUAGGACCGCAGUAUGUGGAGGCAAAAAUUGUGGAUUUUGCUGCAUCCUUUGAGGAAGCAAACUCCACAACGCCCAUCUUCUUUAUCCUCUCACCGGGUGUUGAUCCCCUUGUGGAUGUUGAGAAGCUGGGCAGGAAGUUGGGUUUUAGCCUUGAGAGUGGGAACUUCUACAAUGUUUCCCUUGGGCAGGGGCAGGAGAUUGUUGCAGAGGGUGCCAUUGAGGCGGCAUCGAAGAAUGGAGAUUGGGUUAUCCUGCAGAAUAUUCAUUUGGUCUCCAAGUGGUUGUCGACGCUGGAGAAGAAGGUGGAAGCAACGUGUGAGGUGGCUCAUGAGGAUUAUCGGCUGUUCUUGAGUGCUGAACCAGCACCAUCAGCUGAGUAUCACUGCAUCCCGCAGAGUCUCCUUGAAUCAUCCAUUAAGAUCACAAAUGAACCCCCAACAGGGAUGAAGGCAAACCUCCAUCAGGCAUUGAAUAACUUCAAUCAGGACACACUGGAGAUGUGCACGAAGGAGCCGGAUUUCAAGGCUAUUCUCUUCUCUUUGUGCUACUUUCACGCCGUUGUGGCGGAAAGGAGGAAAUUCGGGCCACAGGGAUGGAACAAAGUCUACCCAUUCAAUGUGGGUGAUCUCACAAUCAGUGUUUACGUCCUGUACAAUUAUCUGGAGGCCAAUAGCCGGGUACCAUGGGAGGAUUUGCGCUACCUAUUUGGGGAAAUUAUGUACGGUGGCCACAUAACUGACGACUGGGAUCGACGUCUCUGCAAAACCUACUUGGAGGAGUAUCUACAGCCAGAUCUCGUCGAUGGGGAACUCAAUCUCUCUCCGGGCUUUCAAGUACCCCCCAACACGGACUACAAUGGCUACCACACCUACAUUGAUGACAAUCUCCCCCCAGAAUCACCUCAUCUCUAUGGGUUGAAUCCCAAUGCAGAGAUUGGGUUCCUCACGAGUGUCUCUGAGCAUCUCUUCCGGACCGUUUUGGAGCUUCAGCCGCGGGAAUCAGCCUCCAAUGCCGGAGCCCCAAUACUCAAAGAAGAUGCCGUUCGGAUGAUAAUUGAAGAUCUAACGGACAAAGUUCCCGAUGAGUUCAAUAUUGCCGAAAUGAUGGUACGCGUUGAGGAAAGGACCCCAUUCAUUGUGGUGGCUUUCCAAGAGUGCGAACGUAUGAAUAUCCUUAUGCGCGAAAUUCGUCGAAGUCUCCGGGAAUUGCACUUGGGACUCAAGGGGGAGCUCACCGUAACGGCAGAGAUGGAAGUCCUGCAAGAGGAUCUUUUCUACGAUCGCAUCCCAGACUAUUGGGAACGAUUGGCCUAUCCCAGUUGCUUAGGGCUUCAGGGAUGGCUGGCGGAUCUUAUGUUGCGCUUUAAGGAACUCGAGCAGUGGUCGUCGGACUUUGUUCUACCAUCAUCCGUCUGGUUGGGGGGUUUCUUCAAUCCCCAGAGCUUUCUAACGGCCAUAAUGCAACAGACAGCAAGACGCAAUGAAUUGCCACUAGAUAGGAUGUGCCUAACUUGCGAGGUUACGCAGAAAUUCAGGGAAGAUUUUACGGCUCCCCCAAAGGAGGGCGCCUACAUAAAUGGUCUCUUUAUGGAUGGUGCACGAUGGGAUAUGGAGGAGAAUGCAAUGGUUCCGGCUCGUCUUAAGGAACUCUCAAGCAUGAUGCCUGUUAUCUUCAUCAGGGCCACCACGCAGGAUAAGCACGACAUUAGGAAUUUAUACGAAUGUCCAGUUUACAAAACCCGUGCACGUGGGGCAACGUACGUGUGGACAUUCAACCUACGAACCCUCGAGAGAUCAUCCAAAUGGAUUCUCGGGGGUGUUUGCUUACUUUUGCAAACUUAAUUCAACUUUCGCCGCCAUGUUUAACAAUAGUUUCUAACCUAAAAAAGCCAUAAUCAAAUAAAAUUACAAAAUGACAGUUACAGCGCAAAAUUUGAAAAAGUUUGUUAGGUUAGGGUAUGGUAAUGGCUUAAAAGGCGAAAAAGUAAAGCAAAAACUCACCUGCUUUGCGAGCUCGUAGAGAGCAAAUGACAUUGUUGCUGAAGACGUCUCGAAGCCAGCUGUGAAGAAGACCCCAGCCUGUGCUACAAGAACAUCCCCUUCAAACUUUAUCCUAUCUUCCUUAUCGCGCUUUGCAUUCUUCAACCCAAUGAGGAUAUCAAUGAGAUCAUUGCGUGUGUAGCCUGACUUCUCACGUUCCUCCAUUACGUGAUUCAUCGUGGAACGCAGAAAGUUCGUUGUUUCAUUGGAGAACAACUUAAAGCGAAAGAAUGGAACCAAUUCAGGAAGGAAAAAGAAGCUGUUAACUUCCGUUGAGCGCCUUAAGUUGAAAUCAAACACUUUGCGUCCAUUUCUGCGAAAAGCGGAAUUUGGAUCAGUCAUACUGUGUGCCUCAAUGCCAUAGGCACAGCUUGCAAUGACGUCCGUUGUGAAGAGUGCACAGAAUUCCUUCAUUUCCGUCACGAAGGAAUUUGUCGGGGACUUUUCGGCUUCACGCGCAAGGAAUUUAUCCAAAUCCGCUGCAGCGUCCAUCAUGAGAUUGAAGAAGUGACGCAUCUUACCGGACGUGAAGACAGGUGAGAGUUUUGAUCGCAUUUCCUUCCAUUCUGGGUUUCUCAUCAUGAAUAAAUUGUUGCUUCCGAGUGCAUCAGAGUGUGGGUCUGAUGAUACGUGCCUAAAAUAUUUAAUAAAUACGGCAAAAGGUAAACUUAACCUAAAAAACUUUCAAUUUUGUGCAUAAUUUUACAAAUUUAAUUUUUUUUGUAGGUUAGGAAUUGUUAAUUGUGCGAAUUAAAGAGCGAUUUUAGCUAGAAAAUAAAA